GUGGUGCUCGCUAUUGGUCACACUUUCGCCGUGUCUCGCGUUUUCUGUGUCUCUUAGUUUCAUAAAGUCAACCAAAAUAUCUGAUAAGCUGUAUAGUUAGCCUCAAAUUAUAGUCAAGACUUCCAAUUAUAAUUAACUAAAUAAUUCAUCAACAAAAUGGCACUAAAUCCACAAUACGAAGAUAUUGGUAAAGGCUUUGUUCAGCAAUAUUAUGGCAUAUUUGACGACCCGGCGAACCGCGCCAAUGUGGUAAACUUUUACAGUGCAACGGAGUCCUUUAUGACUUUCGAAGGACACCAAAUCCAAGGAGCGCCAAAAAUACUUGAGAAAGUCCAGAGCCUCACUUUCCAAAAGAUCACUCGAGUAAUUACAACGGUAGAUUCGCAGCCCACAUUUGAUGGUGGUGUUUUGAUAAAUGUCCUCGGACGACUACAGACCGAUGAGGAUCAGCCGCAUGCGUAUAUUCAGACCUUUGUACUGAAACCUGUGGGCGUUAGCUUCUUUGUGCAGCACGACAUCUUUAGGCUUGCGCUGCACAAUGUGUAGCCAAUCGCAAUCAGCUCGACCGAAUGCAACAGCUACAGCAAACAACAACA